UAAAUCAAUUUGUUUAUUUGACUUCACAUCUGAGCUGAGGCUUUUUCGAAGGGAUAAUAAAUAUAAUAAACAAGAAUAAAUAAAGUAUCCGGUCAUAAUGUCGGACGGGAAGCGCAGACGGUAUCGCAGAGUUAAGCAAACUGAGGAUAAACGUCCUAUAAUAUUAGCCAAACGAAAUGUGGAAGAAGAUUCAGCAGGACGUCGAAAUGGUGAAGCGGAAAUGCAACCAAAAAUAUUACUUAAAUCUCGCGCUGAAAUGAGAGAUGAUGCAGAAGUGGCAGAGACUUCUGCAAAUGCAAGUACAGCGCCACUAAAAACAAUGAUUGUCACACGUAGUGAAGUAGCGCAAAGUCCGGGCUUAAGUGGUGUGAGUCCAGUUACAACUAAAGAGCAGUUGCACCAGCAAACACAACAAGCAAAUGUGUCUGGGAAUGAUGUAAAUUCGGCAACUAAUGUGCAUAUAAUUGAGCCGCUGCCACAAAUGACACGUCCUGCAACUGUCAUAUCUUCAACUGGUGCAAUAAAUGCUAGUACGCGCAAAUUACUUAUGAAAGGAAAUACGGACUUUUUAGUAGUUGGUGUGGUGGGUACGCAAGGUGUUGGCAAAUCCACUAUAAUGAAUAUUUUAGCCAACGAUGAUACAAACUACGAUUACUACCUCAAACUGUUUGUGGAAGAGGAUAGCUUCUUUCCAACAAAAUUAAAGCCACAUAAGUGUUCGGCGCGUUCACGCACCGAAUCCACACAUAUGUUUAUAACCGGAGAUCGUUUGAUAUUGCUUGAUAGCCCGCCGGUGAUGUGCAAUUCUUACCGUAAGGAUAUGACCACAAAUGAAUUGGAUGAUUUACGUCAGAUAAUAAGUUUUCUAUCAGUGUGUCAUUUGUUGAUUGUGGUGCAAGACGACUAUUUUAAUAUGAAUUUUAUACGAUUAUUGCAAUUUGCCGAAAUUAUGAAGCCAACACAAGAUAAUAAACCAUUUGUAAGCAAUUACUUUCCUAAUGUGCUAUUUGUAAAGAAUCGUGCUAAACGUCAGGAUUUCACAACAAGUCAGAAAGAACGUAUGGAUCGUAUGUUGCGCGCUUUGUUUAAGGAUUCGCAAUUGCGUAUAUAUAAGGGACAAACGGCCGAGCAGCAAAAGCAAAAGAAAACACGUCCAACGGAGGGAGAGCGGCAAAUAAACACAUUCUUAUUGCCUGAAGUAGACGAAAAUCAUGACAACUCAACGUUUCACAAACCGCUGCGCGAAAUCAUUGACGAAUUUCGUUCACUAGUCUUCAUGACGCCACGCACUGAUAUGUAUACCGGCGCUAGCGAGCUAACUGAAGCUAUUUGGUUUGAGCUGCUCACAAAAUUGACACAGGACACACAACAAUUCUUUAACACCUAUGAAGAAAUUCAACGCAAACAUUUAGAGAUAGGCAAUGUUCAUAUUGGCAGUCAAGGUAAUAGUGCUAAGGAUACGCACGAAAACUGGAGAGAACAAUAAAAUACAUACAUAUAAAUAAAUAAGUAAAUGAAAUGAACCGUAUAA